UCCCCACCACACAGAUCCAGUUAUCCAUGCUGCUGCCCCCGCUUCCUAUCAUGCCCUUGUCCCUUAUCAAGCCCCUGCCCCCUACCGCGAGGAGAAGGAGACCCCUACUCCUACACCUACGGAGUAUCUGACGACUACUCCAAGGCUGCCUUUAAUGCUGCUGAGACUGCUGAUGCUAAUGGUUCUAAUGGAUCCUACUCUGUUGCUCUUCCUGAUGGCAGAACCCAGCACGUUAAGUACACUGCUGACCACUACAAUGGAUAUGUUGCUGAUGUAUCUUACGAAGGAGUUACCGUCUAUCCUGAAGUUAAGGCCUAUGCUCCUGCAGCUCCUUAUGCCCCUGCACCUUACCAUGCAUAAGUUUGAUAUAAUGUAGGAUAUUUAUAAAAAUAUUUAUCUAAAAUAUAUCUCACAAAAAUUAGUUUUUGAUCUAUAGGUUCAACUGCAAUAUUCCUAUACUAAAUUAAAAUCAAGUUGGUUUACUUGAAAAAGGAACGUUUGGAUUUCCGUACAAGCAGGGUUUCCAAACAAUAAAAUAAAUAAGCAAUUCAUUAAUUGAUAUUCCAUUCCUUAACCUUAACUGCCCAAAGUCUGUCAAUUCCACGUGUCAUAGGUAAUUUUAACCCUAAUCACUAUUAUUGUAGUCAUGAAAAAAUGCAGUUUGGAUGAUGGACAAAAGACACUUAUUUUUAUUUUUUUUUGUAAAUGUAAAUAAAGUUAAAAAAAUGU